AGUUUAGUGUAGUCUUAGUUUUUGAAGGCAGAGCUAGGGCUGGCUAGCCCCAUGUGACUCAUUUCUUGCAACAGUACUUUUUGGUUUCAACUUGCAAAAUAAGCAGUCAAUGUGCUUCUUUUCUCUGUUCGGCUACUUCUCCGCAAUUUUUGCCUUGUAAUUUUUAUACCCAAAUGGUGAAGAUAGACGAGGCAUUUACCCACUAGAGAGUGAAGAGAAACACUCUUCACAAAUCAAAUAUUUUUUCCAUGGAUCUCACAAGCCCCAGAUGUUUCCAAGCUCCAAACUUUAUCUCAUCUAGUGUGGAACCACCACCAUUGGAGAGCAACACAAGCUUCUAUGGGAAAAGCAAGAGCAACCCAUUUGCAGACACCUUCCCUGACCCACUUUGCAAGCUUAAUCUCAAAGAGACAGCUGAGUUUGUCAAGUCAUUCCCACUACCACCACCAAGCAAUGGCCCAGAAAGCAAUAGAAGCAAUUUUCUUGAUUCCUCAGCUCAGAAAAGAGAGGGAGUAACCUCUGUUGUCACACACAAGAAAGUUCUAGAAGCUCCUCCCACACCAGGAAGGCCUGUGUUCAGCUUCAGUGUAGGGAAUCUUUCCAGAAAGAGCUUCCCUUCAAAGUGGGAUGAUGCUGAGAAAUGGCUCAUAAGUAGUUCUUGCCAUGAUUCUCCUGCUCACCACACCACAAAGGUUAGUAAUGCCAAGCAAUGUGACAACUUUAAGCAGCAACAAAUGGAGGUGUCAAAAGCAGUCUCAAGCUUUCAGAGGUCUGCAUCUUUGAACAAUCAUAAUAGUUCUGCCAAAGCUUUCAAAGGGGGCUUAGGCUCUAUGGAUGUGCUUCCAAAAGAUAAGUUUGUGGAUGACAUAGAACCAAUUCUGCCCAAUUUCAAGUAUUUGGAGCCAACUAAAGAAGGGUUUCUGUUCAAAAACUCAGCCUGUGAAAACAUGAAAGAUGCAGGCACAGACCAGUGUCAUCAGAUAGAACAUCGGGAUGUUGGGACAGAGAUGACUCCUCUUGGCAGUUCAACAACUUCGAGGUGUCACACACCAUUCAAGUGCCCAUCACCGGCGCGCCAUAACACUCCUGAAAGUAGGUCAGGGCCAUUGGCCUUGGGGCACUCUAGCAGCCCCAAUAACACCAUUGACAUUACUCAGUUGCAGGAAUGCCAUUUAGCUAAGCUUCAACUUGGGACACAAUAUGAUUCAGUUGCAUCGACUUGGAACUCAAGGGAAGAGGAGGAAAUGGAAAUAUCAAAGAGCUUGAGGCAUUUUGACACAGGCAAUGUAUAUGCAGGCAAUGGAUACCGAGAAGGUAUUUCUGAACCAAGAGCUGCUGCUUGGGAAGAGGAAGAAAAUAACAAAUGCUGCCUUAGGUAUCAAAGAGAAGAAGCAAAAAUUCAAGCCUGGGUCACCCUCCAAAGCGCAAAAGCAGAAGCUCAGUCAAGAAAGCUCGAGGUGAAGAUACAGAACAUGAGAUCAAACCUGGAGGAGAAGUUGAUGAAGAAGAUGGCAGUUGUGCAUAGAAAAGCCGAGGAAUUGAGAGCAGAAGCCAGGCAACAACACACUGAACAAAUUCACAAGGCCACCAACCAAGCACAGAAGAUGAUAAGUCGGCACAACCCUCAUUUCUCUGGCCACAUUUCUUGCGGUUGCUUCCCUUGCAGUAACCACAACCGAUCAUGAAAAAUUCGCAAUGACUUAAUUCCUUGCUCUGUAUUUCUAGUAUCACAGUGAAAAAUCAGAAGUACAGUAUUUUCUGAACGAGUGUCUUGCAAGUCCAAAAGAAAAAUGCAGUAAAAAAGGUCACUACACAAGUUCACUUUGAUAAAGUAAGGAGAAUGAAUUUGCAAUCCGCACUCAUU